AUGAUUCAUCACAUCUCCCAGCCGAUCCCUGAAGCCAAGCGUCGUAAGAUUGUAUCUGAAGUUGCUGUGAGACCAGUAACUCCGGUGUCUCCGUCUCCUGUGAAUUUGGAACGCGAUGAUUUAUUUAUGGGAGAUGAUGCACGCGAUGCGAUGGACACCCGAGACGACAAUGGGGUUUGUCCAUGUGGCCAUUUGCAUGGCCAGGGAGAACAUCACGACAUAUCUGCAGUCGGGUUUUCGUCCCAGCCAUUGUUAAGAGGUCCAGAUUAG